AUGGCGGCGGCGCCAGGGCAGGAGCCUGAGGGGCGUCGGGCGGCGGGGGAAGAGGAGACGCUGCUGCUGCUGGCGGCGGGGGAGUCGUCGUCCUCCGCGGCGUCGCGUCGCCUGGUGGUGCCGCGCUCGUGGGUGUCGGCGUCGGGCGGGCUGCCGCCGGGGCUGGAGCGCUGCUUCCCGGGGCUGGAGGUGCUGGACGUGAGCGGGACGGGGCUGCGGGCGCUGGGCGCGGAGCUGCUCUCCCUCGGCCGCCUCCACACGCUGCUGGCCAAGAACAACCGGCUGGGCGCCGAGGGCUCCCUGCCCAAAGGCCUGGCCGCCUCCCCCCUCGGCCGCUCCCUGCGCGCCCUCAACCUCAGCGGCAACCGCUUCGCCCGCCUGCCCGCCGCCCUGCUCGGCCUGCGCGGCCUCCAGAGCCUCAGCCUGGGCGGCAACCGCCUCCACACCAUCCCCGCCGCCAUACAGGAGCUCCGCAGUUUAGAGUUUUUGUACCUUGGAGGGAAUUUCAUAACGUCAAUCCCACCGGAGCUGGCAAACCUGCCUUCGCUGAGUUAUCUAGUGCUGUGCGAUAACAAGAUUCAGAGCAUACCCCCUCAGCUGGCCCAGUUGCCUUCCCUGCGUUCUCUGAGCCUCCAUAACAACUUGUUGACCUACCUUCCUCGGGAAAUCCUCAAUCUCAUUCACCUCGAAGAGUUGAGCUUGCGUGGGAAUCCUUUGGUCGUGCGGUUUGUCCGCGACCUGACUUACAACCCUCCCAGUCUCCAGGAACUGGCUGGCCGCACCAUUAAGACCCGCAACGUUCCUUACGCAUCUGGUGAUCUCCCGGAGAACCUCCUCCAGUACUUGGAUCUGGCCAGCAAUUGCCCCAACCCCAAAUGCGGAGGAGUCUAUUUUGACAGCUGCGUCCGACAGAUCAAGUUUGUCGACUUCUGUGGGAAGUACCGCCUCCCGCUGAUGCACUACCUGUGUUCCCCGGAGUGCUCCUCCCCCUACAGCUCCGCCUCCCAGAGUUCUACUUCCCAGAGCGAGUCCGACUCGGAAGAUGAAGCCAUCGUCGCCGCUCGCCGCAUGCAGAAGGUUCUGCUGGGGUGAAAGGGGGCGACAGAAGCCCGGAAGGGAAUUGUGU